UAUCAGUCUGGUAUGUAUUCGCUAAUGGCGUACGAGUUUAAUGUGGUAUUGAUUUAGAUGAGGUUGCAAUUACAGACUGUUCCAAUUUUGUGUGCUGUGUAGUAUAGUUUUUCGUUUUCGUUAAAUUACCAUUUCUAUCAAGUUGAAUUAGUUAUUGUCGAGGAGACAGCAACAACUAAGAAUCAUGAAAGUAAUAUGUGCGGGUUUCAGCAAAACUGGGACAAAAUCGUUAUAUGCAGCCUUGCAUUUGCUGGGCUAUAAUACCUAUGAUUUCUUAGAAAACGCUACUUAUUUGUCCGAAGAAUGGAUUAAAAUCUUUGAACAUGGAUGAACUACAGAAGAUUUCCGACGAAUGUAUAAGGAUGUAGAUGCAGUAACUGAUUAUCCGGCGUUUUACUUUUGGGAAGAAAUCCAUAAAGCUUUCCCAGAAGCCAAGGUGAUUCUGAUGUUAAGAGAAGAUGAGGAUGCUUGGUGCAAUAGUAUGGAAAAACAGCUUCGCAUCAUGGAGGGAUCGUUUUUAUUGCGUCUCAUGCAGUAUUUGUCACCAACGGCGAGAAAUACGGCUGCAAAAGUGUUUCCUUAUUUAGGUUCAGUAGUUUUGGGGCACACAGACUCAUUCCACUGGAAACCGUUCAGAUGGGCACGCAUUAACAGAGAGCUUUUAAAACUGAAAUUUCGAGCUCAUAAUGCACACGUCGUACAGAACGUACGCCCAGAAAAGUUUCUUCAAUUCAAGUGCUCAGAUGGAUGGGAACCUUUGUGCAAAUUCUUGGAUGUUGCAAUUCCGGAUGAAACUUUUCCUCACGAAAACAAAAGCGGAGAAAUUCUACAAAAAUUACUUGAAACGAAUCCCCACUUGAUGAAAAUGAAAAGAGAAGUUCUGAUGUCAUCAGCCAUCAUAACAUUAACCACAGGCAUUGCUGGAUAUUUCCUUUUUACCCGAGGCCCUCGUAAUAUUUAUCAUUCUGUAACAUCGUGGAUGAAAACCUUGCCAGAAAUAUUACACACAAGAACAUAAAAUCGACUUGCAGCUGAAAUCAUAUAUGUUUAUUGUUUAAAGUCAAUAUUAUACGAUUUAAUGUAUUCCGAUUGGACAUUGCUAAUUUACAUGUGGAUUUGUUAAUAUAUAUUUCAUGAAAAAUUUCAUAAUCUCUGUGACUAUCAUAAUGAGAAGACUAUGCAUGGCUCGAGAGAAAAGAGGUUCUGAAACCCGAACUCCGAUUGUGUUAGGAAACAUUGGAAACGUUAUUGCGAAUAUAUAUAAACCCUUUAGUAAGUGAAUGUUACUACAAAAUGUAAUGGUGGAUUUUUUAAUGUAGUACAACCAAAUUGAUCUAUGAAAUGGUGAUCACAAUACCAAAUACAAAACAAGCUUUUUAAUUAUGUUCAUUUAAUCAUUAUAUCAAAACCU